GAUCUUGCACGAGAUUGAAGUUCAUCUGCCCAGCUAACGACGCGGUUGCUUGAAUUUCCGUCGUUUUUCGCCGUUUAAGUAAUAGUUCACAAUCGCAAAUACAUUCCAAGUAUAUCCUGGCAUGAAUAUUACUGAAAUACGUUCAAUAAUCGGUGCCAGCGCCACCUCUACCAUUUUAUUGCCUUCCUUCCAUAACCCCGGAACAUAACCACGACAAUAAGCCAAGCUAGUAAUCGAUAAGUUAACAUAAAGGAAUCCGCAGGAAUGUAAUCUGGAAGACGAGAUCCGGCAUCUUAGGCAGUUUUCCAGGAGAAAAACGGAUAGCCUAAACCAACGAGUUUUCCCCGGGUGACGGUUUCCCAAGCAGUUUCCCGCUUAUUAAAUGUUUGUUGGUGAAGUGCGCCAUUGGUUCCUCCGGCUGAGCCACGACAAUAAGCCAAGCUAGUAAUCGAUAAGUUAACAUAAAGGAAUCCGCAGGAAUGUAAUCUGGAAGACGAGAUCCGGCAUCUUAGGCAGUUUUCCAGGAGAAAAACGGAUAGCCCAAACCAACGAGUUUUCCCCGGGUGACGGUUUCCCAAGCAGUUUCCCGCUUAUUAAAUGUUUGUUGGUGAAGUGCGCCAUUGGUUCCUCCGGCUGAGAAGGUGGAUUCAUGACGCAGAAGGAAAAGUACGUCGAAACUGCAACUGAAGUAUUGAAAGAUCAAGAUCGUCUCGGAACAUCUGGAACCAUCGCACCGGGCGCUCUAUGCAGUAUGUUUCGUAACAGUUAGUUGUUAUUUAAAACAAAUUGUAAAAAGUAUCCAUAAAAUAAAAUAUUGAAAUGAGUGUUAAUUUUGAUCAUUUAUAUUUAUUAACUAGCUGUCUCGGCAAACUUUGUCUUGCUGCCUGUGGUGGUUUGACAGCUUUUGAGCUCAUUUAAGCACCGCACUCCCCGAAUAAAACGGUAUCAUAAAGUUGUGAUAAAGCGUAUCGUUUUUUGAUUAUUCGUGGUAACAUUGAAUGGAUGAUAUAAUAUUAUAAACGUGAAUCAUAUCGAUGAUUUGAGUUAUCAUAUUCGGAAUUUGAAUGAUAAACCGAAUGGGUUGUUAAGUAUAGUUACCAUUCAAAAAUGGCUUUUUUCACGAACAAAAAUUUUGCUAAAUUAUUCAUGUUAUAAUCAGUUUAUCAUUUAUUUAACGAUUUACCGAAUAAUAAAAACAAAUAUGAAAUAUUUCAACACUCUACUUAAUCGACUUGAAAAAAAAAUACACCCCUGCAGUUUCCACUGCUGUCAAAGCGAGGUCGAGGUUCGGACGUCAAGUUGUGUUUGUUUUUGUGCUGAAGGUUUUUUCUUUAAAUUCUGAGGGCCGCUACUCGGAUCGCGAUUCGAACUGGUGACGGUGCUGGGAUUUCCAUUUUCCUUCGCGCGUUGCUUGUAGGCUAUAUCUGCACGGUGCUCGCGGGUCAAUUAAUGCCAAUGAUGUGAAAGCACCUGGAACAGCCGGACAGGGUACGUUACAAAACAUUUGAUCAUGAGUUGGUAUGAUGAAAUAGUCGACAGCGCAGUGGCAGUCUUUUCUUUGGCGUUGGGCAAUGAAGACGAGGUUGCAGUUGAUCUGCUGUCGAAUAAUUCAGAUAACUCACCGUCAACACGUGGCUCACGACCAGGAAGGCGUCCAAAUAUUGACCGCAAUUUUGGAUUGGGACACCGUUUGCUGUUCGAUGAUUACUUUCGAGAACAUCCGACAUACGAUGAAAAACAUUUUAUUCGACGUUUCCGUAUGACAAAAGCCAUGUUUCUUAUGAUUGUGGAAGAUCUGAAGUCCCACGAUGCUUUUUUUACCCUCCGUUGUGAUGCCGCCGGAAAAAUCGGACUAAGCCCAAUUCAGAAGUGCACAGCUGCGUUAAGAAUGCUAGCAUAUGGAUCAUCCGCGAGUUCGCUAGAUGAGAACAUUCGCAUUGGCGAGUCCACCACAUUACUAAACCUACGAAAGUUUUGCGAAUCAAUCAUAACAGUAUAUGGUCCGAAAUUUCUGCGCCCUCCAAACCAAGAAGAGGUUCAAACCUUGAUGGAAGAAAACACCCAGAGAGGAUUUCCAGGAAUGGUUGCAUCCAUCGAUUGUAUGCACUGGGCCUGGAAAAAUUGCCCAGUUGCCUUGAAAGGUCAAUAUCAAGGGAAGGAAGGAAAAGCGACCAUAGUACUAGAAGUUUUCGCUUCAAAAACUACAUAUAUCUGGCAUUCUUUUUUCGGUUGUCCGGGGAGCUGCAAUGAUAUUAACGUGCUGGACCGUUCGCCGUUGAUCAACGAUAUCGUGGAGAACAAAAUGCUGGAUGGCCAAUGGGAGAUGAAUGGAAAAACAUACAGCAAAGGAUAUUUGUUAGCCGAUGGCAUAUAUCCCGACUGGCCUAUUUUCAUGAAAACAAUCUCACAUCCGCAAACAGCAAAGGCAAAACUGUACGCCAAACGACAAGAAUCCGUUCGUAAGGACGUUGAACGAUGCUUUGGCAUCCUGCAAGCGUGUUGGCAAAUUCUUGUCAAUCCCUGCCGCCUUUUCGACGAGGAAAGCAUGCGGGACAUAAUUACGACAUGCAUUAUCCUGCACAACAUGCGGAUACACUUCAAACAUAGUAAUCCGGAACUGCGUAACCAGGUGGAAAAUGUGCACCCAGACAUGCCAUGUUCUGGAACUGCUGGGUUCAGUAGAGUACCGCAACGCACAUUCAAUGAAAUGUGCGAGGAUCGCAACAAUAUCAGAAAUGCUCAACGGUAUUAUGAAAUGAGGAAUGAGCUUGUUGAUCACUUGUGGAUGACGAAAGGAGUAAGUCAGUUGGAUUGAUUUUUUUUUUUUGAAAACCGAAUAGAACAGAGAAAGAAAUAAAAUGUAUGUAUACGCGUACGAGAAUCAGGCUACUUGUUCAUUGAAACAUGAAACAUAAUAUUGGAAAAAUAAAGUAUGCUGUCUUUGAAAAAAAAAAAAACAAUGAAAUAUUCUUCUUUCAAUCACUAUAGUUCCAUCUGUGCGAUAAUCUACAUAGCUUUUUCUUCAUGGAUGCGUAGUUACUUACAGGAACUUCAACUUGUCGAAUUACAUAUUUUUUCUCAAUAAUAAAUUCAUUUAGCAUAAACAUUUUACAAAGAUAAUACUGAGUCCACAACACACAUACAUACAUUGGAUAGCUACUGCUUCUCUACAACCUCGAGAACUUCCCUUUUUUGUAACGUCCCCACUGGGACAAAGCCUGCUUCUCAGCCUGUUCUAUGAUCACUUCCACAUUAUUAACUGAGAGCUUCCUCUAACAAUGAUCAUUUCGCAUGUUCAUAUCGUGUGGCGCAAGGGCGUAGCCUGCUUUCUGGUCAGGGUGGGGGGGGGGGGGGGGGCGGGAGUGUUAGCACCCUUAGUAAUUAUGUACCUACUAGCUUUUAUAACUAAACGCAACACGAUGAAAUUGAAUAUAAUAACAUUAUAUUCUAAAAGCUUUAUUUAACCCUUAACCCUGUUGUAUUUUGUACAAUACGUUAAAAAAGCUUGCCUGAACUACACAAAUUAACGUGGUGCUGGUAGCGGUGACCAAUUUCUGAAAGAUCAAGGGUUUUUAUUUACUCGUGCGGAAUCCCUAGUAUUCCGGAAGAAAUUCCUGUGGUAUUUCCUGCUGGAAGUUAGGUAGCGUUGAACGCUCGGGUAGCGUCGAACCUUCAGGUACGAGUUUGGAAUGUUGGAGCGAGGUAGAUUUGUUGGCGUAGGUAUGCUGUUAUUGAAGAAGAUUGACGAAUUGUAUUGGAACAGGCAUCGAUGGAGCUAGCCUCGCUAUGGCCUGCGUGGCUCAAUGGUUAUCAGGAGCGUUAUGGACCCAGGAGCGUGUUCCAGGAGCGUUAUGGACCCAGGAGCGUGUUCCACAGCACGUAUCGACCGGGAGAAGGAUCGGCCGCAUAAGUCGCGGAGUCGCAGCACGGGAUCCUUGGGCGGAUGGACUGGCUGCAACGAAGGACAGGAUCCAUGGGAAUGUUGGCGAUACGGGUCAACUGGAUGACUGCUGGCUGGUCACCGGAUGGAGCUCGAGGAUUGUUGUGAGUUGGAUCGGAUGCAGCUCGGUGGUCGCACCUAGACGAAGAGGUUGGCGACAAGAAGAGUGAUCCGGAAGACAACAUGAAUGUGGAGCUCGGAGAUGGACCUGGUCGGAGCUCGGAUCUGGCAUAGAACUGGUGCAAGCGUCGGAGUUGGUCCACUUGCCAAGCGUUGGAGUGAGGAGGAGCUUCGAGCCAGGAGGAGGUGAUCGUGUUUCGAAGGUUGCGACGCUAAGGAGGAGUGUUGGAAGUUAGGUAGCGUUGAACGCUCGGGUAGCGUCGAACCUUCAGGUACGAGUUUGGAGUGUUGGAGCGAGGUAGAUUUGUUGGCGUAGGUAUGUUGUUAUUGAAGAAGAUUGACGAAUUGUAUAUACCUGGAGUGAAUAAAGAGUGUAGCGGUUGCUGAUUGAGGUAUCAGUCGGCAGCCGUCUAGUUUGAUGAAAGAUGUCUUGCGUUCUUUUUUUAUUUAUUAUUAAGAAAAAGGCAUCGAUGGAGCUAGCCUCGCUAUGACCUGCGUGGCUAUGGUGGACUAGCCUCCAACAUUUCCUGGAAGAGUUCCUGGUGAUAUUCCUGUGGAAAUUUCUGGAGGAAUCUCUAGAGGAAUUCUUGAAAGAAUUACUGGAUGAAUAUCUAGAGGAAUCUCCAGAAGAAUUCUCUCUGAAGAAAUCCCUAGUGGAUACCUGGGAGGAAUCCCUGAAAAAUUGCUGAAGGAGUUCCUGGAGAAUAUUCUUGAAGAAUUUCUAAAAAAAAUCCCUAGAGAAUUUCCUGGAAGAAUCUUUGGAGGAUUUCCUGAAGGAAUCUUCAAAGAACUUCCUGAAGAGCUUUUUCAUGGAGAAAUAUCUGGAGGAAUCCCUCAAGCAAUUCCCGAUGGAAUCUCGGGGGAAUUCCUGGAGAAAUACCUAGAGGAAUUGCUGACAUAAUUUCUGAAAGAUUUCCAUGAGCAAUUCCUGGGGGAGUUCCUAAUGAAAUUACUGGAGAAAUUCCUGGGCCCUGUUUCCGCGUAACAUCCGGAAAUAACUUCAUUUAUUCCGAAGUUUUGCAUUCUUUAUACGAUAGAUCAAGAAAAGCAUGUGCUGUUUGGAUAAUUUCGGCCACUCUGACGACACUGUAAGUACCUAGAUUUUCAGUAAAAUGUCACAAAGACUUAAUAGUACUGGUUGAAAAACAAUGUAUAAAGAUUUAGCAACAUGUAUUAUGCUUCUUGUUAAAAUCCGAAGUGAUCUGGGAUGCAAAAAUGGAGCUUUUACCUACUUUUAUAUGUCGAAACCCGAUUCGAGUUAGUGUAUGUAUAUUGAUUAGCUUAAUGAUGUGCAAUACAAGCAAUUGAUUCAAAUUUAUUUCGCAUCUGCAACUUAACCUGUGCUUAUGCAGUGACCAUAAUAUAUAACUUUACCAAGAACCUCCAACCAAAGAUGGGUGAUCGUGCAACGGGCCUGGACCCUUGACGUUGUGAAAUUUCAGGAGGAAUCCCUGGAGAAAUUUUUAGAGUAUUCACUCGUGAAAUUCCUGGAGGAAUCAUUAACUGGACUGACACAAUAGUGUGCACACACCUUCAAAGUGUGAUUGCAGCGCAGGGAUACGUCGGAUCGAAUUGAGGUCUUCGGUGCACUUAUUCCUUGAAAAUGGAGGAAUAAGUGCACCGAAGACGUCGAGACGAUCCGAGGCAAAUGUGCACUUUUAUCACACUUUUUAGGCGUACCAAAAAAAGUGUGAUAGUCCAAUUUGAGAUGUAGUCUGCAAUAUAUGAGGCUUCCUGGUGAAAUCACUGGAGGAAUGCCAGGAAGAGUUCUGGGAGAAGUUUCUUUAUGGGUUUCUGGAGGAAUCCGUGGAGAAAUCCCUGGAGGCAUCUUGGAGGAAUUUCUGGAGAAAUGUCAGAAAAAAAUCCUCGAGGAAUUUCUGAAGGAAUACCUGGAGGAUUUUUUUGAGGAAUUUCUGAAGAAAUUCAUUAAUAAAUCCGUGGAGGAAUUCCUGAAGAAAUUCCUGGAGGAAUGUGUUAAAUAUUCCCUGGAGGAUUUGUUUGCGGAAUUUUUCGAGGAAUUCCUGGAAGAGUUCCGGGAGAAAUUCCUUUAGGAUUUUCUGGAGGAGUCCGUGGAGAAUUUCUAGAGGAAUACCUGGAGGAAAUAUUAAAGGAAUUCUGGCAGACAUUCCUAAAAGGUUUUUUCUAGAAUAAAUUUCAGGCGGAAUCUAUGGAGGAAUCCUUGGAGUGUUUACUGGAGGAAUUCUUGAAGGAAUUAUUUGAGGUAUAUCUAAAGAAAUAUAUGAGACUUCCUGAAGAAAUUACUGAUGGAAUGUCUGAAGGAACUCCUAGAAGAAUUUCUGAAAGAAUUCCUGGAGGAAUUUUUUGAGGAAUGAGUCCCUAGAGGAAAGUCCUGAAAAAAAACCUGGAAAAUUUCCUGGAUAAAUUCCUGAAGGAAUCCGUCGAGGAUUUCCUGGAGAAAUUUCUGGCGGAAAUCUUCAAGGAAUUUCUGCAAGAAUUCCGGGAGACAUUACUGAGGGAUUCUGGCAGAAAUUCUUAGAGGAAUUUCUCGAGGAAUUCCUUGAAGGGUUCCGUGAGAAAUUCCUUUAAGAUUUUCUGGGGGAAUCCGUGAAGCAACCCCUGGAGGAAAUAUUGGAGGAAUUCUGGCAUACAUUCCUUAAUAAAAACCCUGGAAGAAAAUUCAGGAGGAAUCUCAGGAAGAAUUCUUGGAAUGUUUACUGAAGAAAUUCCUGGAGGAAUUAUUUGUGGAAUUUCUGGAGAAAUAUAUGAGGCUUCCUGGAGAAAUUCCUGGAGGAACUUCUGAAGAAAUUCCUGGAAAAAAUCCUGGAGAAACUCUUGGAGGAAUCCGUGGAGGAUACCCUGGAGGAAUUCCAGGAAUAGUUUCUGGGAAAUUCCUUUAGAACUUGCUGGAGGAAUUCCUGGAAGAAAUCCCUGAAGGCAUCUUGGAGGAAUUUCUGGAGGAACUCCUGGAAGAACCUGUUGGGGCAUUUCCUGGAAAAAAUCAUUCACGAAUCGUUAGAGGAAUCUCUGUAGAUUGCAACAAUGAUUCCGAUCGAAAUUUUCUAUAUAGAAUUCUAUGGAGUCUUCUCCAACUCUAGUAGCACUAAUUGUCCAAGAUUGAAAUUCUAUCUUCCUUCUUUCUUGAUUUUUUUCCAUUCUAUUUGAUACGUUAAUAAAAUUUUAUAAGAGUCGAGAUAAUGACUUCAUAUUCAAGUUUCGCAUUGCCUUGAACCCGCAUAGUGAAAUACAAUUUGUAUUACAGUACACACAGUAUGUCUCCUUUAUCUGUUACUGUUACGGUACCACGAACAGGUGCUUUUCUGUUGUAACUAUGAAUCUCGAAACAUUCGAUUGUAAAGAACGGUUUAUGUAGCCCAUUCCAAGUUGUAACAACAUAUCAUAUUGUACAGAAAUGGUCAAAUAGUAUGUGGAUGAAAACUCGGGAGAUAUGGUGGCAAUACAGAAUGACCGUUUCUCAAACGGUUUGUGAUUUUAUUUGCGCAGCACACUUACACAUGUGCAUUUCACUGCAUGCCACUGAAAUUCAACAGUUUGUCAAACAAUAGCUUUCAUUGGUAUCUGUACCGCAAUCGAACUUUGCAGUUUGCAAUUAGAAAAAAAAUCACAACCUUUCGCCCGCAAGUUUGGUAAACAAUCAAGUGAAAAUUAAUUGCCUCAAUAAACAGUUCGACGCACUUGGAACGAUUUGGAUGAAACAAGGGUAAGUUUUGCAUAACUUAUAAAUUUGUUUUACGAGCAAUAUUUCACGGAUGCAAAUUAUUUUGCAGAAUUUUGAAGUCAACUAAAGGAACCUGAUCCAGCCUGACCGUACGACUGCGAGGGGUUCCCCAAACGGAGUUGGAAGAAUUUGUCCUACUGUGGACGGAUAUUCAGGGUUCCCUGCGGUUAGAAAUAAGCCCCCACCGGAGAAAGGUCUACAAUUAGUUUUAAUCAUCACAGGUGCUACCGAACCCAGAAUAGGGCGUUGAAAUUGUGAAUAAAAAAAUCCGAUGAACGACUAACCGCUUUCUUAUUUUAAACGGUUCAAAUAUAGCAGAACAAUAUAUCAUAAGCUUAAAAUAUUAUGAAAAACCAUAUAUUUAUAAUACCCCAUACAGUGCACGGUUUUCUUCCAGAUGCAUUGUUUUACUGUUCUCUAACCAUUUGCCAUGCAGUGAAUUGUCUGAAAAUCUGGAUAGUAAAUUGACCAUAUCCUUUACUGUUUUGCGAAAAAUUUGUUCGAGAAAACGAGCGAUUUUUUAUGGUAACCUAUCUUAACCGCCUAUAAGGCAAUCCACGAGACAGAUGCGAUCAGCUGAUUUUUUUUGUUUACCAUGGAUUUUUGACAUCCGAUGAUCGGGGUGACAGUUGAACACAAAGGAAUUUGUUAAGCACCGACGACACUUGACGAAACUUUGUUAAGUUGUACUCACACUGUGUUUACAUUUUUGGCUGUCACCCCCAUCGCGAAAAGUCGUCAUGGAUUGCCUUAUUGCACAUAUUGUUAUUUGGCGGAUUACCAUUUGUCAAACUGGCAAAUCUGUACGUAGCAUGGUUAGUUUACUGUUAUCUCAGACAGUUUGAAAAACGGUUAAUUGACAAUUAUUUAUAGUAAUCUACAGAAUGAGAAACGUUAAAUUUACAGUUCGUGAUUAUGCGGGCCCCCUAAGGAAGAACCCUGCGCACGUUAGUGUUCUGAAGGAUUUCCUGGAGUAACUCCUGGAGUAAAUUCCUGGUGUAAUUCCUGAAGGUAUUCCUGGAGAAUAUUCUAGAAGAAUUUCUGAAGCAAUCCCUAGGGGAUUUCCUGGAAGAAUCUUUGUAGAAACUUCUGCAGGAUUUCCUGGAGGUAUCUUCAAAGAAUUUCCUAAAGAGAUGUUACGACUUUGGUUUGCGUGUGCGACCCCUACUCUCUUUGACAAACUUUAAGACCAAAUCACAAGGAAAAAGUCGUCCAUAUAUCGUUUCUUGAUUGCACGCUUCUGAGCAGAGAAAAUAGCAAGUGAGUGUAACUCUUUGCAAGUGAGUGUUCCCAUCCUUGCUGGAGGAAUUGCUGGAGGUUCUCCUUUGGGAAUUGCUGGCGGAAUCCUUAAAGGAAUUCUAGGAGGAAUCUCUGUAAGAAUUCUUUCAACAAUUUCUGGAUGAAUCUCUAGAGGAGCUCUGGGAGAAAUUACUGAAAAAAUCGCCUGAGAAAUUCCCGAAGGGAUUUCUAGAGAAAUCUCUGGAGGAAUUCCUGGAGAAAUCCUCGAACGAAUUUUUUAAGAAAUCCCUGGAAAAUCACUAAAAAAGUUCCAGGAGGAGUUUUAUUUCUGGAGGAAUGCCUGUAGUAAUUCCUAGAGGGAAUACUGGAAGAUUUUUUGGCGGAAUUUCUGGAAAAAUUCCAGAAGGAAUUCCUAGCAAAAAUCCUGGAAGAAUUUCCAAAGGAUUUCCUGGAGUAAUUCCUGAAGAAAUUCGUGGAUGAAUUUCUCAGGGAAUUCGUACGGGAAUACCAGAAACAAUUCCUUGAGAAAUCGCAGAUGGAGUUCUUGAACAAAAUCGGCAAAUCUUCCGGCAUUGAAUUAAAGUGCAAUAAAAGCAACCCAAAUAAUUUCACAGCACAGACAUGGAUAGCUGUAAAGGAUUUGUGUAGUAGCUAUAUAUCCCGCUUAAAGUUUGUUUUGACAAUAAUGUUUAUAUCCGACAAGCCGUGUUGGUAAACCAACAGUUUCUUUCUUUCUUUCUUGGGGAUAUAACGAAUUGUACUGUAUAGUAGCAACUGUUUUGUUAGUGGGGACUCCUAUUCGAUGUGUUCAAGUUUUCACAUCUUCCGGGAAAUCUCCCGGAGUUGGAAUAGAGUGGAGUAAAGGCAGCCCCAGUGACAAGCAAUGGAUUUCUAAAAACCGAGUUUGGUAGCUGUAUGGUGCUUGUUUUGCAGUCAUGUAUUUGCUUAUGAUUUAUAUUUGACUAGCUUUCCUUUUAUUCAGCGUUGACUACUUUUACUCGAUGGUUACACGACAGAAAGCAAAUGACUGAAGCUUAUAGCGCUGAAAAUGUUAGUUGGGUAUUCUAUCAUAUUCAUCUAAUUCCGUUUGUCUCGAGUUCGCCGAAAAUCGAUUGUACUUUAGAGGUAAGUAGAGGGUUAAAAUAAAUUGCAAAGAAUAUUGAAAAUUUUCAAACUGCACUCUUGGAAAACUUUCCCAGAAAUAUUUUAGAGAAACUGGAUCUCUGGCAAAAACUGCUCAAUCAAUUUCUCGAAGACGCAGUUGAAAAACUGAUCUAUGUUUUACGGACAUCAUUACAGAAGUUGAACAAAUUUUGCAAAAGAAACUUUGGCAGAUUUCUUGUUGAACCUCACCAUCGCCAACUGGAUGACAUUUUGGUAAAAUUAGGUUCCAAGAAAAGCUCAGAGAUUAAUGAAAGAUUCAUGAAAAAAUAUUUGUAGAAACAUAAAGAUUUUCAUCAGAAGUUGCUACUGUGAAUCGCAUAUCAGUCCCAGCUUUGCGGAAUUUCCUAUACAAAUAGGAUAGAUAUGCGAUUCACGGUAUAGCUCACAAAUAAACUUCAUUAUAAUCUUUUUCGGAUUUCAAUGAAAAAAAAAUGUUGUCACUAUAGUGUGCUAUAGUAUACUACCUCCAAUAGUUUCAUCAGAAAUUCAUCACGCAUUUGUAAUAGAAAUAGUUCUGAAAAAAACCAAGAAUCUAUUCUUUACCUACUAUAAAAGUUCAUGAGUUACAUAUUUCCAAUUGAUCCAAUACAAUGCACUACACACGUGCUUGGGUAUGUGUUAUCGUACUCCGAUCCGCUAAACUCAAUCCAAACAUUUAAUUCUUAACAGUUUGAAAUAACACGAAGAUAUGGGGUGAUUAAUUGAACAGAAAUUUUAAAUGAAAAUACUUGAGGAAUAUUUGCAAUGUUACCUAUUAUAGAAAAAGAGAAAAUACGAGAAAACUAUAGCUCCUCCUCUUCUUGGCGUAACGUCCUCACUGGGACAAAGCCUGCUUCUCAGCUUAGUGUUCAAUGAGCACUUCCACAGUUAUUAACUGAGAGCUUCCUCUGCCAAUGACCAUUUUGCAUGCGUAUAUCGUGUGGCAGGCACGAAGAUACUCUAUGCCCAAGGAAGUCAAGGAAAUUUCCUUUUCGAAAAGAUCCUGGACCGACCGGGAAUCGAACCCGUCACCCUCAGCAUGGUCAUGCUGAAUACCCGUGCGUUUACCGCCUCGGCUAUAUGGGCCCAUAGCUAUAGUUUGCAUUAACCCUCUUUAAGAUCAUUUUUGAUCCAAACCGAGCUUCUCUCAACGUGAUAAAGGUUAAUAAAGACAACAAUAAUAAUAGUGUAAUAAGCGGCGCAGCCGAAUUUUUUUUAAAGGAUGAGGUUUCUGAGGAAAAUUUGUCCAACAAUUUUGACAAUAAAUGUCUUUCAAUGUAGUCAGAUUAACGAAAAUAGUGACUUUAGUGACCAAUUUACUGAAAAAAUGCAGAUGGAAAAUUUUGGCUCUUCUUUACGCGAAUCAAGAACGACGUCACCGAAGACGAAAUUCGGGUUAUGGUAACUGAGUCUCUUGGCAUCGAUGAUGAUUUAGUGGUGAAGAAAUUAGUCCCAAAUUGGAAGGAUACGUCGCUACUGUCAUGCAUAUCUUUCAAAGUUGGGAUCGAUGCUUCGCUCCGAGAUCGCGCAAUAUGUUCGUCAACAUGGCCAGAAGGAAUAUGCUUUCGACAGUUCCAAGAGAAGCCCAGCGCAUGGGAACCACUGCACCGUUAGAACCUCAAAUAACUUGUUUUGUUGCUGUUAGCAGGGUUGCCACUAUAUUUUUGAACUUAUCUGGCAAGUCCGUAAUUAAAAAUCUGGCAAAAUCUGGCACUACACAUAGCUUUGAAAAUCCUCAACUUUGAUCAAACUUUUACUGAAUUGUUAUAAUUUGAAUAACAAAACAGUGUCGUUUUUCAAUAGUGUUUGUUCUAUUAGAUUGGAAUCCCUUUCAAAAAACAAUGUGAUAUAUAGAAUGAUGAAAGUCAUUAUCAGUAGUUUAUUAAAAUUAUCUUAAAUGUUAGUGUUGUGUUCAAUGCGCAAAAUGUUUACAGUCAUUUAGAAAGAAUUUUGCUAACUGGACUAUUUCUGCAUUGAAUAUGCAAAACAAAAUAUAUGUUCAUUGUCUUUUCCCCUCUUCACCGACUUAGUUAUUUUAGUCAAUCAAGAAUUAUUCACAAUUUCGACCAAAACAACUAUACACUAAUCUAAUGGUAUACAAGCUGUGUAACACAUCUUUCUAUAAAUGUAUCGAAAAUGCAAAUGUAAUUUGGACUAAGAUAACAUAAUUUUACAAUCUUAUAAUCUUAUUCAUCUGAAAAAUCAGUACGGCAAUCGAUUUGAAUGUGCAAGAAAGUUAACGAGUUUUCAACAAACAGAUUUAGAUGAAAGACGCAGAAUUUUGAGUUGUCUAAAAAUUGCUAGAUCAAUAAGAUACAUUUUCAAACAUCAAGGAGGAAUUUCGUUGAUCAAUAAUCUGGCUUGAAAUAAAAAAUCUGGCAAAAUCGAUGGUUUCUCUUUUUGUCCUUUUGCCACCUGAAAAUCUGGCAGUGCCAGAUAAAUCUGGCAUAAUGGCAACCCUGGCUGUUAGUUAGAUGUAUGUAGUGUAAUUUUGAAUUUUUAUAUUACAUUGAAAAUGUGUCAGUUUUUCUUGCUUGUAUAACCCAUAGAUUAAGAUUCAAUUAGAUCUCAAAUGAUCCGUUGAAUA